AUUAAACUGUUUGCUAGUUGAAAGUAGGUCUACCUUUGAUCCUUGGCGGCAUUUUCUUUUUCAAUUUUAAAUUUUGAUGGCUUUGAAUGAGAAGCGUAUUCAAAUUUUAGGAAGAUUUGUCUUGUCGGGUCCUGCUUAACUUUUGUUUAUUCAACGUGUAUUUGUUGAUUCGACAUAGGCAAGCUUGUUUAAUACCCAUAUAAUGCGUUAGUGUUAAAAGUCUUGUGGGUCUUGCUGGUUUACUUUAAUUUUUAUAUUACUUUGUGGGGUCUGGGAAUUGUUUUCACAGGGUUGCUUUAGACCCAAGGAUUGGAUUUUUUGACUGUUUAUAUUAAUUGUAUGCAGUAUUUUGAUAUUCAGAUAGGGAAGUAAUUAUUGAUUGUUUUUGGUCCAGAGUUUGAUUAUCAUUUCAAGAAUUGAGAUGAUAAUCUUACUUCAUGCAAAGGAAUAUUAACAGCUGAUUAGGGAAUGUUAUGAAAGGAUGAAUUUACUGGCCAUCAAUCAAGAAAAUAGCAGAAUGAUAGUUGAACAAUUGAAGACGAGUCGAAAGAGGAAUGUCCUGGUUGGGAUUCGAUUCGAUGGCCAUAGUAAAGAGUUGCUGGAUUGGGCUCUUGUUAAAGUAGCUCAUCCUGGAGACUGUGUUGUUGCUGUUCAUGUAUGUCAAAAUUCAGAUUCCCUUUCAAAAGUAAAAACAGUGUUGGAGGAUUAUUUGGAAGAUUAUCAAUGGCUGUGCAAUCAAAAGCAGGCCACUCUCUCUGCUGAGGUUUUCAAAGGGAAUUCUAUUGGAAAAGUUCUAGUGAGAGAGGCAAAGAACCUCGCCGCAUCAAUUGUUAUAGUGGGGAUAACUAAGGAUGGUGCAAUCUGGGGACGGACUUCAAUUGCUAAAUAUUGUGCAAAGCAACUGCCUUCAACUACUGAAGUCAUGGCUAUUCACAAUGGAAAAGUUUUCUUUACAAGGAGUUCCAAUAGCCAACUAGAAGGUUUUGGACGAGAUCCGAGGCCAAGUUUGUAUUUAAUGGGUAAUAUCACUUUCAAAGAUAAACAGUCUGAAUUACUUGAAUCUGAGCCAUCAGAGGUGGGAAGACUCAGUGAUGAAGACGGUGGUCAGAGCUUGAGUGAUGAAGCUUUAAAUCCUGUUAAAAGACUGAUUAAAGGUUCUUGGAGUUCAAUCUCUCUUAAGGUAGAGGACUUUUCACAGGAGAAGCCUGGUUGGCCUCUGCUCCAAACAUCUAGUUCAAUAACUCAACCAGCUCCUGAAGCUAGACAAAGGUCUGUUCUGCAACAGAUUAGAGGUUCUUGGAAUUCAAUCUCUCUUAAGGUAGAGGACUUUUCACAGGAGAAGCCUGGUUGGCCUCUGCUCCAAACAUCUAGUUCAAUAAUUCAACCAGCUCCUGAAGCUAGACAAAUGUCUGUUGUGCAAUGGGUAAUGAGCUUACCAAAUCGAUCUUUGCUUGAAGCUUCUGAAUUUAAGUCCAAUCUAAAUGAAACAGGCGAUAGUUUAGGAAUAGAAAAUGGGAUCUCUGAAGUGAAUAGUGGAGACUACAAAAUGUCUGUCCGGGGUGAGGAGGCAAACCAUUUGAAACUUAUGCCAGUUACAAAGUCAUCAGGCUGCAAAUGGUUCAGUCAUGAACUCCUUAAAAUGUCGACUUCUCAAUUUUCCUCAGAAAAUCUUAUUGGGAAAGGCGGUUGUAACUCUGUAUACAAGGGGCUUCUUCCCGGUGGCAAACAAGUGGCUAUAAAGACUUUGAUAUCAUCAAAAGAAGCACGGAAGAAUUUUACCAUGGAAGUUGAUAUAAUGACCACAUUAAAGCACAAAGGCAUCACAACAUUACUCGGUAUUUGUGUAGAAGAUGAUAAUUUGAUAUCAGUUUACGAUUUUUUGCCUACAGGAAAUUUAGAAGAGAAUUUACAGAGAAAUAUAAAGCAGAACUCAAUGCCAUGGGAAGUAAGAUUCAAAAUAGCUGUUGGGAUUGCAGAAGCACUCAAAUACCUACAUGAUGAAUGUCCAAGGCCAGUCAUUCAUAGGGACAUCAAGUCUUCAAACAUUCUUCUCACUGAUAAAUUAGAACCACAGUUAUCUGACUUUGGAUUAGCAAUAUGGGGACCAGAAACGGAAUCUUUCCUAACAGUUAGCGAUGUUGUAGGGACUUUUGGCUAUCUUGCUCCCGAGUAUUUUAUGUAUGGGAAAGUGAGUGACAAGAUUGACGUAUAUGCUUUUGGUGUGGUUCUACUAGAAUUGCUAUCAGGGAGAAAACCAGUUGGAUUCGAGACUCUGAAGGGCCAAGAAAGUUUAGUCAUGUGGGCAAGGCCUAAACUAGACAAUGGGGAUUUAAAGAGCAUCCUGGAUCCAAAUUUGAGUGACAAUGUCAAUGAGGCUCAAAUGCGUAGAAUGGCUCGAGCAGCAACUCUCUGUCUUAAACAAGCAGCACGGCUACGUCCCAGAAUGUGCCAGAUAUUGAAUAUCUUAAUGGGGGAGGAAUUUGUGAAUGAAGAAUUAAAAUCCCAGUUUGGCAAUGGGUACGAAUCAGAAAUUGCGGAUGACAACGAUGAUGAAGUUUAUCCAGAUUCAAGUGUAGAGUCCCAUAUAAAUCUUGCGUUUCUUGAUAAAAACGAUAGUUCCACAUCUUUCAGCAGUCAAGAACAAAGAAGCCCUCUUACUGAUGAAGAAUACUUCAAGAUAAGAUGGAGUAGAUCAUUGAAUUUAGAGUAGUUUCUGGAUAAGUUGUUUUUUGUAUAUAUUUUUAGAAACACAAGUUGCGAGAUGUAACUAGAAUGAAUUUUGUGGUAGUGUACCAGGAGAAAGCCGGAAAUCAUAGGAUUUUUGAAGAUCAUAUGAUGUUAGAAAUGGAUUUUGAAAUUUUUUCACUUCCUUCUCCUAAACCUUGGAAUCUACCAGUUACAGUUUACCUUGCA